AUGUCGUCGCCUAAGCCAUCCGCCGGCCUAGAGGAGCCUGUGGCUCAGUCGCCAAAGCCCAAGUCAGAGUCACCAAACCACGAUGGCGCGUCCGAUGAGGCCGAGGAGAGUUCCGGUCGCGAAUCCGGAGAGGCUUCUGAAUCUCCGUCCAACUCCAACACUGUUGAUGACAAGGAUGCGCCGCCUCUGCCAAAUGAACCAACACCAGAUGGACCGCCUCUGCCCAGCGAACCUCUGCCUUCUGGCCCUCCGCUGCCGAACGAGCCUGCACCGCAACAAGAGGACGACGGCUGGGACUGUCAAUGGGACCCUACCACUCAGGCUUGGUUCUUUAUCAACCGCUUCACUGGAAAGUCUCAGUGGGAUAAUCCGCGAGUCGCCACGAGCCCUGCUGUUCCUGCAGUCCCUGCCAUCGUAGCAGCCGCUCCAGGCACACAACCAGGCGUCCCUCAGCCUCCAGCAUCAGAGAAACCUGCCGCUGGAGGCUACAACCCGGCCAUCCAUGGCGAUUACGACCCAAAUGCCUGGUAUGCCCAGGGAGGUAAAGAAGAAGAUCAGGUGGUAACGACAAUACCCACGGCCAUGGGCGAGCCUGCAGAGAUCUAUGGCGCAACAGCUACAUUCAACCGCUUCACCGGACAGUUUCAAGCAGCUGGCACAGGGCCGGAACGCCACAGCGACGAAGCCAAGUCCAAGCGCCAAAUGAACGCCUUCUUCGACGUUGAGGCUGCAGCUAACUCCCACGACGGUCGCAGUUUGAAGGCCGAGCGCUCGGGGAAGAAGCCUUCCAAGGCAGAGUUGAAGCAGUUCAAGGAGAAGAGACGAGCUCGCAAGGAGGAGAAACGUCGCGCUUGGCUGAGAGACUGA